AUGAACCACAUGGGCCUUCGUCGCGACAAGGAGACCCCGAAGAAAUACAUUAGCGGACAAGUAUGGCCGGCCGAGUUGCGCGCUGGACGCAGGCGCGGAAAGUACUCGACAUCAUACGCUCCGAGUACUUCCAAACGAGAGACGACGAUCAACUUCAACAACAUUUCCUUGACGACGUGGUACCAGGGAUCGCUAGUCAGAAUACCGCCGAGCCUAGCACCAAUAGCAUACUCUUCGCCAGAACGGAAACGCAUUGCCGAGAUCUUGAGCGACCUUGACGAAGACCUCCCAGACGAGCAGAUAGUGAAAAGGAAGAUCGAAGCCAUUAAUGCAUGGGUAGCCUAUGCGUUUAUAUCCACUUCCACCACCGUGUAUAUUCUGCGGCAAACAAUACAAGAGGACAACGACUAUGUGGAACCAUGUUGA